AUUUGCGCCAUUGGUGGAUCUUCCGGACCGUGAUGGCGACGCUGCGCAUGCGCAUUCGCUCCGAGCCCUCCUCUGGGGAGAGGGAGCUCGCCGGUCGGGGCUAGGGAAGGCUGACCUAGCUCGGCCCGGGUGAAAGGGCGGCGACGGCACUGGGUGGGGCCGAGCUCCAGGGCUGGCUGCUGGGCUGCUAAGAGAACUGUGAGCCGCUCGGAACCGCGCGCCUCUCGGGCGGGGCGGGGCCGGCUGAGGGAGUCCGCGCGUGCCCGCGCCGAGCUACCUGCUCUGGCGGCUUCGCUGCUAGCUCGCGGCGACGUCGGGCCGGUUUUUCCAGGAUGACCGAGCUGAGGCAGAGGGUGGCCCAUGAGCCGGAUGCGCCACCCGAGGACAAGGAGUCAGAGUCAGAAGCAAAGGUAGAUGGAGAGACUGCAUCGGACAGUGAAAGCCGGGCAGAAUCUGCACCCCUGCCAGUCUCUGCAGAUGAUACCCCGGAGGUCCUCAAUAGGGCCCUUUCCAACUUGUCUUCAAGAUGGAAGAACUGGUGGGUGAGAGGCAUCCUGACUUUGGCCAUGAUUGCAUUUUUCUUCAUCAUCAUUUACCUGGGACCAAUGGUUUUAAUGAUAAUCGUGAUGUGUGUUCAGAUUAAGUGUUUCCACGAGAUAAUCACUAUUGGCUACAACGUCUACCACUCCUAUGAUCUGCCCUGGUUCAGGACCCUCAGCUGGUACUUUCUCCUGUGUGUAAACUAUUUCUUCUAUGGUGAGACAGUGACGGAUUACUUCUUCACCCUGGUCCAGAGAGAAGAGCCUUUGCGGAUUCUCAGUAAAUACCACCGGUUCAUUUCCUUUACUCUCUAUCUAAUAGGAUUCUGCAUGUUUGUACUGAGUCUGGUCAAGAAGCAUUAUCGACUGCAGUUCUACAUGUUUGGCUGGACCCAUGUGACGCUGCUGAUUGUUGUAACACAGUCACAUCUUGUUAUCCACAACCUAUUUGAAGGAAUGAUCUGGUUCAUUGUCCCCAUAUCUUGUGUGAUCUGUAAUGACAUCAUGGCCUAUAUGUUUGGCUUUUUCUUUGGUCGGACCCCACUUAUCAAGCUGUCCCCGAAGAAGACCUGGGAAGGCUUCAUUGGGGGCUUCUUUGCUACUGUGGUGUUUGGCCUUCUGCUGUCCUAUGUGAUGUCCGGGUACAGAUGCUUCGUCUGCCCUGUGGAGUACAACAACGACACCAACAGCUUCACUGUGGACUGUGAGCCCUCGGACCUGUUUCGCCUGCAGGAGUACAACAUUCCUGGGGUGAUCCAGUCAGUCAUUGGCUGGAAAACGGUCCGGAUGUACCCCUUCCAGAUUCACAGCAUCGCCCUCUCCACCUUUGCCUCGCUCAUUGGCCCCUUUGGAGGAUUCUUUGCAAGUGGAUUCAAACGAGCCUUUAAAAUCAAAGACUUUGCCAAUACCAUUCCUGGCCAUGGAGGUAUCAUGGAUCGCUUUGACUGCCAGUAUCUGAUGGCCACCUUUGUCAAUGUAUACAUCGCCAGUUUUAUCAGAGGCCCUAACCCAAGCAAACUGAUUCAGCAGUUCCUGACCUUACGGCCAGAUCAGCAGCUCCAUAUCUUCAACACGCUGCGGUCUCAUCUGAUCGACAAGGGGAUGCUGACAUCCGCCACAGAGGACGAGUAGGGGCCACCCAGGGCCAAAAGAACAGGAGCGGAACUGAGCAGGGGCAGGUCUCCAAGGCAAGCCCAGCUGGUGUGACUUAGACAAUGAUGAGGCUUCAACUCACUGUCUUUUUUUUUUUUUUGUAGGAUAUUUUUUAUUUGUGGGUUCAACAAAUCUGUACAUACAGCAGUCUAUGUGUUUAGAAUUUGCGUUGUGAGUAAACUACAGCUUUGAGUUGGAAAGAAGUCAUGGGUUGUAAAACCAUUUGGAUUUUUUAAAACAAAAGUGUUUAUCUGGAAGACAGUGUUGCCCAGGUCAGGAGUGUUUUCUUGGUGGUUCCAGCUCCUAUCAAUUGAACUGUUUCUGGGCUCAGUCAAACACAGACAUUCAUCUGUGUCCAACCAAAUCAGGGGACUUCCCCACCUGUGGGGGGAGGCACAGCUUGGAUGUUUUGUACACCUAGUCUUUUCUAGAAAUCCCUGCUUAGAGCUGCAGGAGAGUUGCCUUCUGUAGGUUGGAGGAAUGGAGGCUUACUAACCAGAUAAGCCUUCUGUCCAUCCACACCAAAAUCCUGCAGAAUGUAAAUAAGCUCUGCUUUAUAAGAUGGGUUCACCUUCAUCACAGACUGAAAUAAAAUUUCAUUUUUUAUUUUUUUCAGAAAGCACGAAAAAUUAUUUAUAGUAGUCUGGAGAAAAAACACACUGUAAUAUUUCAAGUGUAUGCAGUAGAAUGUACUGUAACUGAGCCCUUUCCCACAUGUCUAGGCUCCAGUGUCUCCUGUAGGUCAGUCCACCUAACUGUGUGUUUUCAGGGACGAUGCCAUCCACGUAUGUGCUGUAGACUUUCUGCUGCUGAAUCCUUUCUGGGGACUUUCUCAUCAGGCAGGGAGCAGAGGGCUUGUCGUUCAUGCACCCUUUGCCUGAACACCCAUGUAGCUGCUGUGUUUUGUAUAUAUUACUCUUAAGAGGAGUGUGUGUGUCUGUGUUUGUUUUAAAAGUUACUUAUUUCUUACAGUGAUUUCAAUUGUACCAUGACUUCUUCACUAAAACCACAAAGUCCUGCUUAAAACUAUGGAAAACCUAACCUGAUUAGAGGCUUGACUAUUUUGAAGAUUAAAUGCACACUUUUUAUAUAAUGUGACCAGUUUAAAUGUAGUUUAUAUUGUACUGGGGGACCUUUUUUUGUUGUUGUUUGCUUAAACUGUGAUUUUUUUCCCCUCCCUAAUUUCAGGGGUGAGUUUGACUUUGGGAGGACAGAUUAGUUCUUUGUCAGGCCAAUAAGCAAUGGAGUGCUGGAGAGAGAACUUGGUGCCCAAAUAUAUUAAAUUAUUCGGUGCCAUGGA